CACAACCAGCUAAAGAAUUUCUCAUCUACAACAAAGAUCAUAACAAGUGCAUCUCAAUUGAAAAUGAAAGAAUCGCCGCAAGAUCGUGCAACCCGAUGACAGAUAAUCAAAGAUGGCUGUGGACACAAUAUGACCAACUUCAAAGUAUUUUCAAUCAAACAUGUCUCAGCGUUCGUGAAACACCAGUAAACUGGGUCCGUGUGAAAUUGUCCACGUGUGAUCGCCAUGACACAUAUCAAGUGUGGGCUUGCGUAGAUGACUUGGUCAGGUUGAAGGGCACAGUGUUAAACUUGAAUUACGGAAAUGACCAUGGAGGAGACAAUGUUGUGUUGUACAAUGGGGAUGGGUCCUGGUGUAUGUGGAAGGUCUAUGGAGAAGACGUGCGUGUGUGUGAAAAACGGCCCCAAG